GUGUGUGGACAACAAGAGGAGAAAUAGAGUUAUUAAUCCCCGUGUGUGAGGAUCUUGACUUGGUUUGGUUCAGGUUUGUGUUUAUAGGUUGUAGUGAAGGCCUGAGCGGCAGCAUCUCCAUCCCCAGCAGGCGUGUUGUUAGUUGACACUCUUCAUCCUCACCCUCCUCUUCAUCUUCCUCUUCAUCCUCCUCCUCCUCCUCCUCCUCGGUGCCGGCCCCGCUGAGCCGCCGCCGCUGAGUUCCCCGCGCAGGCUCGCCAUGGCGGUCAACCUGGACAAGGACGCGUACUACCGCCGCAUCAAGAGGCUGUACGGCAAUUGGAAGAAAGGAGAAGAUGAGUUUGGUAAAAUUGAUGCCAUGGUGGUGUCGGUGGGAGUGGAUGAGGAGAUCGUUUACGCUAAAUCUACAGCCAUACAGACCUGGCUGUUCGGCUACGAGUUGACAGACACCAUCAUGGUGUUUUGCGAAACAAAAAUCCUCUUCCUGGCCAGCAAGAAGAAAGUAGAUUUUCUAAAGCAGGUGGCUAUAACUAAGGGGAAUGAGAACGCCAACGGUGUGCCGCCCAUCACUCUACUCACCAGAGAAAAGAAUGAAAGCAACAAGGGCAACUUUGACAAGAUGAUCGAGGCGAUCAGGGGCAGCAAAGAGGGGAAGACGGUGGGAGUGUUCAGCAAAGACAAGUUCCCCGGAGAGUACAUGAAGGGCUGGAAUGACACUCUUGCCGCGGAGGGAUUGGAGAAAGUGGAUAUCAGCGCUGUCGUCGCCUACACAAUGGCGGUGAAGGAGGACGGAGAGCUCGGCCUGAUGAAGAAGGCAGCGGCCAUAACCAGUGAAGUUUACUCCAAGUUCUUCAAGGAGAGGGUCAUGGAGAUCGUUGAUGCAGAUGAGAAAGUGCGUCACAGUAAACUGGCUGAGUCGGUGGAGAAGGCCAUCGAGGAGAAGAAGUAUCUGGGUGGUGCAGAUCCCUCCACCGUGGAGAUGUGUUACCCUCCCAUCAUCCAGAGUGGGGGCAACUACAGCCUCAAAUUCAGCGUAGUCAGCGAUAAAAAUCACAUGCACUUUGGCGCCAUCACAUGUGCAAUGGGGAUCCGCUACAAGUCGUACUGCUCCAACUUGGUGCGCACCCUCAUGGUGGACCCGUCUCAGGAGAUGCAGGACAACUACAACUUCUUACUGCAGGUGGAGGAGGAGCUGCUCAAGGAGCUCAAGCACGGUGUCAAAAUCUCCGACGCCUACAACGCAGUUCUAGACUUUGUGAAGAAGGAGAAGCCUGACCUGGUGGCGAAGCUGACGAAAAACCUGGGCUUCGCCAUGGGAAUUGAAUUCAGAGAAGGCUCCUUGGUGUUGAACGCAAAAAACCAGUACAAACUGAAAAAAGGGAUGGUGUUGAGUAUAAGUUUGGGUCUUUCUGAACUUGUAAAUAAAGAGGCAAAGAAGGAGGAACAGAAGAAAUAUGCCUUGUUUAUCGGCGACUCCAUUCAGAUUAACGAGGAAGAGAUCGCCACAGUUCUCACAGCAGCUAAGAAGAAGAUAAAGAAUGUGGGGAUCUUCUUGAAGAAUGACGACGAGGAGGACGAGGAUGAGGACGGGGACGAUGCCGAGGAGCUGCUGGGGAAGGGAGCGCGGAGCGCGGCGCUGCUGGCCGACAGAACCAGAAAUGAAAUGACGGCAGAGGAGAAGAGGCGGGCGCACCAGAAGGAGUUGGCCAAUCACCUGAACGAAGAAGCCAAACGCCGACUGACGGAGCAGAAAGGGGAGCAGCAGAUACAGAAAGCCAGGAAAUCCAACGUGUCCUAUAAGAACGUGUCUCAGAUGCCCAGAGAGAGGGACAUCAGAGACAUGAAGAUCUUCAUCGACAAGAAGCACGAGACGGUCAUCAUGCCCGUCUUUGGUAUCGCCACACCAUUCCACAUCGCCACCAUCAAGAACAUUAGUAUGUCCGUAGAAGGAGAUUACACCUACCUGAGGAUCAACUUCUACGUGCCCGGCAGCUCUCUGGGACGGCAGGAGGGAAAUAUUUUCCCCAAUCCUGACGCUACAUUUGUCAAAGAAAUCACGUACCGAGCGUCCAACCUGAAGGCCCCCGGCGACACCUCUGUUCCCUCCACCAACCUGCAGAACGCCUUCCGCAUCAUCAAGGAGGUGCAGAAGCGCUACAAGACGCGAGAAGCCGAGGAGAAGGAGAAGGAGGGCAUCGUCAAGCAGGACUCGCUGGUCAUCAACCUGAACCGCAGCAACCCCAAGCUCAAAGACCUGUACAUCAGACCCAACAUCGCACAGAAGAGGAUGCAGGGCUCGCUAGAGGCCCACACCAAUGGUUUCCGCUUCACGUCAGUUCGCGGUGAUAAAGUGGACAUUCUGUACAACAAUAUUAAGCACGCCGUUUUCCAGCCAUGCGACGGUGAGAUGAUCAUUGUCCUGCACUUCCACCUCAAGAAUGCCAUUAUGUUCGGUAAGAGACGCCACACGGAUGUGCAGUUUUACACGGAGGUGGGCGAGAUCACCACAGACUUGGGCAAACACCAACACAUGCACGACCGCGACGACCUGUACGCCGAGCAGAUGGAGCGCGAGAUGAGGCACAAGCUCAAGUCCGCCUUCAAGAACUUCAUCGAGAAGGUGGAGACGCUGACGAAAGAGGAGCUGGAGUUCGAGGUUCCCUUCAGAGACCUGGGCUUCCAGGGCGCCCCCUACAGGAGUACCUGUCUGUUACAACCCACGUCCAGUUCUCUGGUCAAUGUUACAGAAUGGCCGCCGUUCGUGGUGACUCUGGACGAGGUGGAGCUGGUCCACUUCGAGCGCGUGCAGUUCCACCUGAAAAACUUCGACGUGGUCAUCGUGUACAAGGACUACAACAAGAAGGUGACCAUGAUCAACGCCGUGCCCGUCAACUCCCUGGACCCCAUCAAGGAGUGGCUCAACUCGUGUGACAUCAAGUACACCGAGGGCGUCCAGUCGCUGAACUGGACCAAGAUCAUGAAGACCAUCGUCGACGAUCCAGAAGGCUUCUUCGAGCAGGGAGGCUGGUCCUUCUUGGACCCGGAUAGCGAGGGAAGUAAUGCAGAGGAAGAUUCGGAGUCAGAAAUGGAGGAUGAGACGUUUAACCCAUCUGCUGAUGAAGAGGAAGAGGAGGAGGAAGACAGUGAUGAGGAUUACAGCUCAGAGACGGAGGACUCCAAUGUGGAGUACAGUGAAUCAAUGGGCAGCGAGGAGGAGAGUGGAAAAGACUGGGACGAGCUGGAGGAGGAAGCCAGGAAAGCUGACAGAGAGAGCCACUACGAGGAUGAGGACACCUCCAACAGGAAGAGGAAGACUAUUCGGCCACCAGCUCCACCUAGCAAGAAGAAGCGACGGCACUAAACUCCUCCUACACGCACACACAAACACACACACAUACUGCCAAACCUAGUUUCCCCUCCACAUUUCCUUUGCCCCCCAUCUGGCUCUUCUGAGACCCAUCCUCACGCAGACACACGUUCAGACAAACCUGUAUAUAGACGUAGGAGCCCACUUUUUGUGUUGGUCAGUAAAGUGUCAUGUCGCGAUGGUGAAACAACCAGCAGGAUAGUCGCACUUCAUUCACCGUUUCCAUUCCUCCGUCGCCCGUCUAUCAUCAGUUUGUGUGUGUGCAUGUGUGUGGAAAAGGGUUUUUAUUGCAAGCAUUGUUUAUUUUCUGUUUGGAAAAAGAGUUUUCUUAAUUAAUGGAUGAUAAAACAUGACUUGACUUGAUCCUCAGCCAAGUUUUUUAUAUAAAAACUGAAAAAAAAAAAGUUUGAUUUCCCUCAGCUCUCCUGUUCUUCACCUGUUCAUCUACAUUUUACUUCCGGAUCCUGUUUUUUCUUCAGUGUUUGUUAAAUUGUUGUAACAAAAUGGAGUGCGCUUUUUUUUCUUUUCUUUCUUUCUUUUUUCUUUUUUUUUUAAAUGGGGUUUGUAAACUUGUGCAUACAUGCGCACACACACACCACCUCCUCACUUGUGUCUUUUCCCCUUUUUGUUCUCAAGAGUAGAUAUGAUGUACUGUUAAUUCUGAUGAUCUUGUUUUUUUUGUAAUAAAAUUAAAAGGAGCUGUAGUUUUCA